UACGCACGUGGCCUACAGCGGAUCAACGGCAAUUGAUCGACAUGCGUCCGUUGAUCUACUGGCCACAGGACUUGGCGAGACGUACGGAGUGACACCAGCGUGAUUCGAAGCAAACCAGAAAUCCUAGUGAUAACAUUUUUAAAACCACGUCAGGAAAAUUCAAUCUAAGCAACCGACAAUUAUUGCAUAACUGCAUAGUUUUACAAACGCGAAACAUGGAAGACGUCAAGGUGAACCCACUGCCCAAUCAAGGAGCCGGCGAUGCCAUCCCAUACCUCGAUAUUCCUAACCCUGUUCCACAAGAUAUUUCCCCGGAAAUCACCUCCAUCGAGCACCGAGAAGAACCCCUGCCUUCCCCACUAGUGGCGACGGAUUCCGGAUUCUCCGAGUCACCUCCAACCAGGCCCAUAUUUCUGCACCAAUGCGGCCAGUGCCCCUCCCUUCCAUCAUUCCAGUCCGAUUGUUUGAAGGUAUGCACCUGGCUACGGGCCACAAAUACGAACUUCCACAUCUUCAACCACAAGCUUAACUUCGAUGGACGCUUCCCCAUGGUCGACAUCGGAGAUGUGGAAAUCUGCAACUCCGGUCAGGUCCUGACCGAUUUAACCGGUCAGCUCAACCGGGACCUGGAUGCUGAACUUUCUGAUGAGCAGAAAAUACUGGCCUUCAGUUUGGGGUCCCUGAUCGAGAACACCCUGGCCCGAGAACACCGCGAAUGGUACCGUACCAAGCGCGCCGAUCUGAUCCGGGCCUACAAAAUCGAUCUCAGAAAGUCCUUGAAGAAGAUCCUUCCCAAUGCAAUUUUGAAGGUUUUCUUCAAAAAUUCUUCUUCCAAAAAACCAACAACCAAUCAAAUAACCGUUCCUGAGUCGACCGUUGUCCUGGAAAUGCUUUCGAAGCUCUUGUCUUCGAAGAAUUACUUCUUCGGACAGGACAUCGUUAGCAGCCUGGACGUGGUGGCUUUCGCUGUUCUUGCCCCGAUGCUGGCCAUUGCCGGGAAAGUACGCUACGAUCCACGGGAUGCUGUCAAGCAAAAUUUUGAAAACCUGGUGGCUUUUGUGGACCGGAUUAAGGACCGAUUCUAUCCGGACUGGGAGGAAAUGUGCUCCGAAGGUUGCGAGGUAAAUAUGAAUAGAUUAAUAGAAUGCUUGAUCAAGUCGUAGAGUCGUUGAUUGUCUUCUCGUUGAAAGAUUUAUGAACGACCGAAACAAGAAGCGGUCAUUAAGCUGAGCAAUGAAAUGCCAGGUUUGCUGCCCACGGAAAAUGAAGGCCAAGCUAAGCCCUUGGAAACUGCGCU